AGGAACUGCCCUGAUAAGCCGGCGGAAAACGCCCAGCCAUCGCAGGAGUCCUGAGCGAUGGCGUAUCCGAACAGGCAAUCGAAUUUGAUGAAGUAGACACGAAACACCUCGACGCGAACAGGUUGCACGAUAUAACAGACAUUUCGGGAGCUUCCGUUUCAGCGGUCUUGACGGGGAUGCCCAACAGCAAUGGUCCUUUCGAAGUCUCUAUUCAAUUUGGUCCCGAUCAGGGCAUCUUCGCCAGAGCAAAGAUCGAUACAGGAGCGACGGUAAACGGAAUCAUUGAGUACCAACUGGCGAAGGAAGUCUGUGAGAAACUCGGCAGGCCAUUCUUAAAGCUGCGGAAGCCUAUCGUCAGUACCGAUUGGGAAGGCAAGAUAUCUUCUACACUGAAGUACGCAGUGCUACUCCCUAUGACGAUACAAGGACAUUACCAAGAUGACAUGUUUUGUUACGUUUCCGCCAAGCUUGGAGACUCGAAGCUCUUAAUCGGCGACGUUUGGCUCGCGGCACAUGGCGUACUCCCAGAUGCAUCGAACCGUACCCUUUGGUUUAAGAACAACGUCUGCGACCACCCUGGUGGAUACCGCUCGCAACCAAAUGGAAAAGACCUGGAUGCGGAACGUCGGUUGAUCUAUACGCAUCCUGGUUCCUUUGAACGGAUGACGGAGACAGAACUCGCGGACGCCACCAAAUCGAUUCAGGUCAUCUCUAACGACGUUAACCGCAACGGCAAGGAGCUCCCUCCGGUGAAGCGAAUCACCCUAACAGCGAUUCUCAAGAGAUCGGACACUCCAGGAUGGAUGAGUAAGAAGACGCAAUAA